GUUUACUGUGACCAGAAGACUGCAGGUGGAGGAUGGACAGUCUUCCAGAGAAGAAAAGACGGUUCGGUGGACUUUUCCCGAGGAUGGGUCGACUAUAAGAAUGGUUUUGGAGAUCUUAAUGGCGAGUUCUGGCUUGGUCUCGACAAGAUCCAUCGAUUGACCCAUCAAACACGAAACCGUCUUCGUGUUGAGAUUGAAGACACUAAAGGAAAGAGCGCGUAUGCCGAGUACGACUUGUUUGAUGUGACGAGUGAACGAAACAAAUACAAGUUAAGUCUUGGAACUUACUCAGGUACUGCAGGUGAUUCCCUGUCCUACCAUCGUAACAUGGCCUUCAGUACCAAAGAUCGUGACAAUGACAAGUACGGUGGUAACUGUGCAGCUUCAUACAAGGCUGCCUGGUGGUAUAACAGCUGCCAUUAUUCCAACCUUAAUGGUCAGUACAAGUACCGCGGUACCAUUUCAACCAGUGGUGUGCACUGGUACUACUGGAAAAACAGCCAUUAUUCCCUUGCAAGAGCUGAGAUGAAGAUGAGACCGCAAAAGAAAUGAGCCGAUGACGUAAUCAUGUAUGUUAAAACCGCAAAGGACAUAAAUAUAGAUAGGUAAAACAGCAUCAGUUCAAUUUAUUGACUGUAAGAAUAAGCUUUAGAAAAUUAAAAACGAUUGCAUUCAGCCUGGA